UUUCAUUUUACUCCGUCAUCACUCCUAUUUCUCUUGGCUUCUCCUUAUCCUCCUCUUCCUUUGUUGCGUUCUCUUUUACCUCACUUCACACCUCCUUUCCUUCCUCUUCGUUAUUCCUCUCAUUCCCAACACAUACGCGAAGAGAAAACCGAAGUGAAAGAGCGAGAGAGAAAGAGAGGAAGGGGAAGGAGCGCGGGAGUGAGGCAGUGAGGGGAGACAAGGAGAGGAGGGGAAGGGACGGGAAAGGAGGGGAGAGGUGGGCACCCUUAGCAUGCUCAUACUCACACACGCGAUCCUUCUGGCAAAACAUGGUGUCGGGGCGUGAGGGAUUGGCCGCAUCGGUAACUCCCCUCGACUGACGCACGCCCCGCCCAGCCUCUCCCCUCACCUCGAUCCCCUUACGCUGGUUGGCCAAGGCUAAGACCGCCCCUUGAAACCAAUUAAAAGUGUCCAGGUGUCUCAAGGUACCCGAAUCCCCUUAUUUAACCCCUUAUGACCCCUUUUUUGGUGUUGUUUGGGGUUGAAGUGAUGGAAGGGAGGUUGGAGUGUGAGGGAAAAAUGGGUAGGUUGUGGUGGGGUGGUUAUUGUGGUGGUGGGAAGGGAAAUGGGGUGAGGGAUGCGGUGGUGGUCGAGGCGGCGCUGGGCGGGGUGAGGGAGAAGCUAGUGUUCGCGUGGGACUAAUGGAGCAUCUGGUCGCAAGAGAGAUCGAGAGUGAGAGCGAGAGAGCCGGGGAAGAGAGAAAGAGAGAGAGAGAGGAGGGUGGCAAGUGACAGAACCAAUUAGAGUACAAAUAGUCUCCCUCACACCACCACCAUCACCACCACGACCACCUCCUCCGCCUCCUCCUCCUCCUCCUUCUUCGUCUUCACCUCCGCCGCCGCCAUUCGCCGCUGUGUCUCCUUACCCUCGCAGUAGUCACCGCCGCCUCCGCCACCGCCGCCGCCGCCGCCACACCCUCGACCCUCACUCUCCCCUCACUUGUCGCCCGUGACGCCCACCACUACCGUCGCCACUUCCAUCUCCUCCUCCGCCACCUCCUCCCUCCUCCUCCCUCCACCUCUGCCUCCUCGUAUCACACUCGGCCCCGCGCGGCAGAGGAGAGGAAGGUGUCCGCUUGAGGGGAAGAAUAAGAGGAGACGGAAGAGGGAGAUAAAGAGGGAGAGACACAGAAGACAUCGACAGUGGAUUUUACUUGUGCGUUUCCAAGAUUUGACAACUGAGAGACUUAACGUGUGUGUGUGUGUAGCGUGUGUUUUGUUGACUCGUAUGGUGACUUUAGUGGACUUACGGUCGUCGUCAUCAUCCCCGUCGUCUUCGUCAGCGUUUAACCGCCUAGACGUCCGCCAUGGCCUAGCAAAUGACAUCGCGGGAAAGGAAACGUAUCUGACGGAGGGAGUGAAGAAGGGUAACUUGUACUUCGCAAACUGACGAAGGAGAAAACGUUUUUAUCCCAACGUUUGUGUGUGAGAGAGUGUCAGAUUCUCGUGAGUGUAGCCUCCCACUCCUCUCACUCCUCUCUUCGAACAAACGUCAACCACCAAACAGCACCACUCAAGGGAGGCCAGGAAGAGAAGAACCUUUGUGCCGGCGUGCCUGUGUGUGUGUGUGUGUGUGUGUGUGUGUGUGUGUGUGUGUGUGUGUGUGUGACUCGCCGGGUAAUGGAGACACUGGUCAAGAUGGAGAAGCCAGGGUCACCGGACAGCCAGACACAGACCGCCACCUCCGUCACGCCCUUCUCCAUCACCGACAUCCUCACCCGCAUGGAGAACCGAUCCCCGACAGACCUCCGCACUACCCUCGACCACCACCACCACCACACCCUGCACCACCACCACCACGCCGCCGCCGCCGCUGCCGCCGCCGCCGCCGCCGCCGCCUACAACGACUUGCACAACGCCUCAGGUCUCGGGUUCCGGCCUGUCUCCGUCCUUAAGUACAGUUCCCCGUCGCCUAUGGACCUGUCUAAGGACGCGACGCACCCCGAAGUCACGUCCUCCAUUGAGCCUUCGUCAGGAGAGCCCACCAGUGCCACGACUCCUCACUCCUCGGACCUCAGGGACGCCACGGGGUCUCCUGAAGGGCUGCUGGGGGGGCGGAGGAGCAGAUCGACCUCCCCGUGUUCGGAGAUGAGCAUGGAGGAGGUGGAGAUGGACCACAGCGACCGGGAGGACUCCACCAGCGCCCCCGCCCAGGAGAACACGGCCUCCGACGGGAAAGGUGAGGGCGGCGAGGGAGAGCGCGCCCCCAGAAAGAAGCGCUGCCGUGCCGCCUUCAGCCAUGCUCAGGUGUUCGAGUUAGAGCGUCGCUUCGCCCACCAGCGCUACCUGUCGGGGCCGGAGCGGGCGGACCUGGCGCAAGCCCUCAAACUGACCGAGCAGCAGGUCAAGAUAUGGUUCCAGAAUCGCCGCUACAAGACCAAGAGGAAACAAAUGGUGGCCUGCGAACCGCCCUCCUCGGGACGCCGCGUGGCCGUCAAGGUGUUGAUGCGUGAUGACCAGCUUCUUCACGGCCCUGAGGAAGCGCUGCCUCGCCCGUCCCUCCUCCUGCCCUCCCUGGCCUCCCUCAGCGCCCUCAACUCCUUCGGCUCCCUGGGGCUGCCUCCCUACUGCUACUACCCUUACCUCUGUCCUCCCCCGCACUCCAGCUCCUCCGCCGCCGCCGCCGCCGCGCUCUCCUCCCUCCCGCACCUUCCGCAGCUCUCCGCCCUCUCCCCGGCAUCCCUCUCCUCCCUCACAUCGUCCCUGUCUAACCUCACGUCGCUGCUUCCGCCCCACGCCCUCUCCGCGGCCUCCUCCUCCUCCCCGACGGUCUCCACCAGCGGGGCAUCGAGGCCGACGCCGCAGCCACCCUCGCCGACACGGCCGUGAGGUGCCGCAGCGGAGGGACCUUGCGCCACCUCACACGCCGCCGUUCUUGCCGCCGCUCUCGCCCUUCGCUUUCUCUGCACCUCCGGGGUUAAGAUGGCGUCUCUCUGAAGGGAGGAGCAGAAGGGAGCCAUUGUAUCGGGGGACUUGUAUGUGUGGCCGCAGAUGUGGUCAGAAAUACGCACGCCGCGAUGACCGCUGCGACAAGGGCACCGCAGCGCCCACGUGACCCAAGAAGAGGAAGUGAUUUCAGGGAUUUCCACGAACGUGUGAUACGAUGAUGAUGUGUAGUAUGGACGAACGCCGCUGUGAGUUGAGUGGCGUUCAUUGCCAGGCAGUGAUGUUCGGCAUCCAUAAAGUGACGAGUGAUAAUGACGAGUCAAGUAUUGCGAGAGGAAGACUUAGGACAAAAAUGAAUUCAGCAAUAUAACUUUAGAAGAUAUCGUGGCAGACAUGAAACUACCACAUAAACGGAAGGAAAAAAAGAAAAGAAAACUCCGCAAUGAAAUGUACUGCGGAUUUAAAAGGUUAUAGAAAAAUUCCCCCGAAACUAUCACAUAAACGGAAGGAAAAAAAGAAAAGAAAACUCCGUAUUGAAAUGUACUGCGGAUUUAAAAAGUUAUAGAAAAAUCCCCCCGAGCUAGAAGGCAAAGACAGUAUAGCUCUGCAAAUGGGCGCUACCUCUCUCACCAAAAAACUGCCGAGCGCCGGGAUGGAAAUCUCAACUUUUCCGUCACGAGCCGAACCCCGGACCCACUGAACCACCCGGGCCCAAACUCUGGAAUGCGACAAAUAAUACAGAAAACAGAACAAAUUAGGAAAAUCUCGGUGCAGCGAGUGUGCGUGUUACGUGAAAACGAUUACAAUGAGCACAGACACCCCCACAGACGGCAUGCCAGUGUACUACAUGUGCGUGGGUGUUAUUUGGACGCGUUACCGGUGUUACGUGUACGUGUGAGUGCGUGCGUGUGUGUGUUAGGCAAACGGACAGCUAAAUUGCAUGGGCCUCGCGUCUCUGCUCUUCGUUCAGGUACUUUAUAGAUCUGAAAAAAAGGAAAAGAGUAAAAGAAAGGUAGAAAAAACUUCGCGGCAAUAUGAAAGACACGAUGUUCAUUACCUUGUGUUAGUAUUACGCCUUUGUUCAGGUAGUUUCUCCCUUUCCUCUUUUUUUUUUUACCUCACUUCUCUAUUCUCCUUUCUCUUCCUUUUCCUUCUCUUCACUUGUUCUAACUCUUGCUUUUCCUUUUUUUAUAUAUAUUCUUCGUGUCGGUAACUUUAUUCUCAUGCCUCGCCUUGUAUUUUCUUCCCUUGAUUUCCACUUAGUUUUUUUAUAUGAUCCAAAGAUACGAAAAAAAAAGAAACGCGUUAUGAAAAAGAAAAGAAAACGUCAGUACUGAAACACACACUCACACUCACACACACACACACACACACACACACACACACACACACACACACACACACACACACACACACACACACACGCACACACACACGGCACCACCACACCCGCUUAGUAUACCUGUACAUAAUAAUAAUAAUAAUAAUAAUAAUAAUAAUAAUAAUAAUAAUAAUAAUAAUAAUGAUAAUAAUAAUCCGUAGCAACCACUCCAGGGAAUACUUGUAAUAAUAACACUUAAAAAAAACCAUGACAAUAAAAACGAAAUAGAGAACAAUACCGACGAUUACUUCUGUACAUAAAGGAUAAGGAUAAAGAGACAGGAGGAGGAUGAAGGCUCGCUCUCUCUGUUCUCCGUGUAAGGUAUCUAGACAGCAAUAAUUCUUACUACUCUAGCGGUAAAUAGAUAAGACGUUUAUUUAAUUCCCGUAUUUAUGUAGGGAGGAGGACGAGAGGAGGACGAGGACGACGAGGAAGGAAGGAAAGGAUGAUGUGAGGAUGCGUGAAUGAGGAAUCUAGUGUCGUGUUUUGCGUUUAAGAAAAUAAUCCGAGCCAAUUUUUCAGUAUUUUUUUCCAUACAGACAGACAGACAGACAAACCCACCCACACCCACACACACACACACACACACACGCACACACACACACACACACUAUCAUAGGUUACUUAGUGAACGGUGUCUCGGCGGGGGAGUGUUUGCGUCCAGCGUUUUAUCGCCGACGAGCGCAGAACCGCCGCGGACCCACAAAGCAAUAAAGAGAAAAUGGGAAGUGCUAGGCUUACUACUACAUUUAUUACGUCGGGAGAGAGAGAAACAGAGGAAACUUGUGCCCUCAUUACUGUAUGUUAGUGGAUCGAGAAUAUAAGUGCGUCUUCUUCUGUUACGUUUAUGCAUUGCGGUUUGAGACGUCGCUGUGUGUACGGGGAAGACGCGGAAAAUGGAUAAUGCCAGUGUUGUUUGUGUUCCUAUUACGUGAUUGUGGUUUUGUGUUUCCGAAUGUUUCUUGUGAGUGUGUAUUUGUUAUUUUUUUCUUACGAUUAGAGGAGACAGAUCGAGAGUUGAACUUAAAGAAGAAAAUAAGAAACACUCGUCACAUACCAAGAAAGAAAGCAAAGAAAAAGAAAGCGGGAGCCGUCGAGAAAAUAAUAUAGUUUAGACCUGGUGGAUCAAUGGUUCAAGGAGACUCGUGUGACAUUCAUGACGGACAGUAUAUAUUUUAAGAUUUUGAAAUAGUAACGUUUCGCGACUAGGGAAUAUUGAUUAAAAGAAUACAUUGCCACGGACGUAUAUUAACAUUUCCAGCCCAACUUAUCCGCUUUUUCAUUUUUAUUUCUGGGACUGAGACUAUAAAUAAUGAGAAAACGUUUGUGAAUAAUUGCGAUACAUUGUUUCUAUCUUCAUUUACAUAUAAUUAAAAGUUUACCGCGCCGUUUGUUUAGUGAUUUUAAAG